UUUGUACUUAAGUUGUCAGAGAGUGGCGACGAUUAAAAAUUCACCGACAUAGUGAUUCUUGUCUGAAAACCAAACUGUAAUAGCCAAAAUGUAAUGUCAAUUUCAAGACCGUAAUCCAUCUAGUGUUAAACCUUCCAUUUAAAUUUCUAAUCGAAUCAAAGUAGAUUUGACUUUCUGCACAUGUUACCAUACCAGUCUAAUCACAAGGACAGUAGUCAGCUUUUCCCGAGUAGCCAACAUUUUUUAGAACUCGAGCACAGAAUACAGCAGGGAAAUAAACAGCAGCCAGGAGCUUGUGUGUCCUGUGCCGAGCAUUGUUGUUGUAGUACAUCCUCCCGUCCACGUAGAGCGCACUAGGCUGCAGAUUCCGAGGUCCUGUCUCUUUAACGCUCCUCACAUGGGUCUCUUGCCGGUUCUGUCCCACAUGCUGACCGCAGAGGCGCUCAGGGUCCGUCAAUCUCACUAUUAGCUUAACAAUAUCAUACGUUCCAUUGCGAAUCGGGUAGGUUUCGCCGACUAAGUCCUCCAGAGUCCUCCCAUCUGCUGCUUUGUGCGUCGUUUCCAGGCAAGAGUCGUAGAUAACUUGGGACAAGUUAUUAGCCGCCCACAUCGAGGACACGUCUUUCAACCAUAACAGUCAUUUACAGUUGUUAUCAACAUGGCUGACAUGACACAGGAACUCGAACACAUUCUGGCUCAGAUGACGCAGCCUGACAAUGCGCUCAUUCAGCAGGCCACCGUCCAGCUGAAACAAGCAUUUAAAGACCCCAACAUUAUCCCAGCUCUGUGUGCUGUCAUGGGAGGCUCCCAAAACCCCCAGGUGCGACAGUCUGCUGCAGUGAUGCUCAGAAUGAGAGUGAAGAAACGCUGGAAGAAGAUAAACCCAAAUGACAGAGAAAGUCUGAAGACGGUGGUGUUGCAGGUGUUCAUGCAAGAAACAGAACACACAGUGCAGCACUCGCUGUCUCAACUGUGCGCGGUGAUGGUCAAACAUGAGACCCCGGACCGCUGGCCUGCUCUGCUGCAGCUCCUUCGUCAGGCUACUGAGAGCAGUAAUCCGCAUGACAGACAGGUCGGCCUUCUGCUCCUGAACAAGGUGAUCGAUUCAAACCCGGAGCCUUUCCAGCCUCACUACUGCCAGCUGUUGCGUCUGUUCAGCACGGUGUUGCAGGAUCAUAACAAUCCAGCUGCCUUGUAUUACUGCAUCCUCACCCUCACUGCCAUCACCGCGUACACCGGCACCCAAGAGAUCCACCAGAUGCGUAACAUCAUUCCAAGUUUGAUUGUUGCUUUGAAACAUCUGAUAAAAGCAGACGAGAAUCAAGCCAGUGAAGCCAUGGAGGUGUUCAACGAGCUCAUGGAGAGUGAAGUGUCCAUCAUUGUGCCUCAUGUUUCUGAUAUGGUCCGCUUUUGGUUGGAGGUGGGCAGUGACACCACACUGAGUGAUUCACUGAGAGUGAAGGCUCUGUCAUGCAUCGCUUUUCUGAUCAAGCUCAAGAGCAAGACGGUGUUGAAGCAGAAGCUACUGAAUCCAAUUCUGCAAGCUGUGUUCCCUGUCCUGACUGCUGAGCCUCCACCAGGUGAGGAAGACCCAGAGGAUGAAGAGGACGACACUGGUGAUGAUGAAGACAACGACAAUCCCAAACAUUGUGCUGCCCAGAUAAUUGACACUAUGGCUCUUCACAUGCCACCAGAAACAUUGUUCAAACACCUGAUGCCGCUCACACAAUCAUGCCUGGUCAGUCCGAAUCCCUAUCAGAGGAAGGGAGGACUGAUGUGUCUUGCUGUUUUGGCUGAAGGAUGUGCCGAUCAUAUACGCACCAAGAUGCUGUCCUCCGUGCUGCAGACGGUGUGUCAGAGUCUGUCUGACAGUAAUCAAGUUGUCCGCAGUGCUGCGUUAUUCGCUCUCGGACAGUUUUCUGAGUAUUUACAGCCUGAGGUGAGCAAAUAUUGCGCAGAGUUGAUGCCUUUGCUGCUGGGUUACCUGUCCUCCUUGAACGAAGCCAAAAUUGGUCACGUUACAAAGGCUUUUUAUGCCCUUGAGAACUUCAUGGAGAAUUUAGAAAAGGAUAUUGAGCCCUACUUGUCUACCGUCAUGGACACAAUGCUGUCUGUCCUCAACAACACAGACAACCCAAAGAUAAAAGAGCUCACAGUGUCUGCCAUCGGUGCCAUCGCUAAUGCUGCCAAGGAGUUGCUGGUUCCCUAUUUCCCUCCAGUCAUUGAAAGUCUGAAGGGUUUUCUGACUGCCACCACUGAUGAAAUGAGGACUCUUCAAACUCAAUCCUUGGAUACUCUCUCUGUGCUCGCUCGUACCAUCGGCAAAGACGUCUUCACUCCUCUGGCUGCAGAGUGUGUUCAGCUCGGCCUCAAUCUUACCGAGGCCAUCGAUGACCCCGACCUCAGGCGCUGCACGUACCGCUUGUACUCUGCCGUGUCCACUGUGAGCCCGGACUGCCUGACUCCGUAUCUCACGCCCAUCACCACCUUCAUGCUGAUGGCCCUGAAGUCGAACGAGGGCGUCACGGCCCAUUUUGAAGAGGAUAAGACUUUUGUUCUGCUGGAUGAUGAUGAUGAAGAUGAUGAAGAUAAUGAAAAAGAUGGCGUGAAUGAUGUUGAAAUUUCUUUGGAGGACGACUCCGAGGCAGAUAUCCAUGAUGCUACAGGGUUCAGUGUGGAAAAUGCUUACAUUGAUGAGAAAGAAGACGCUUGUGAUGCUCUUGGAGAAAUUGCCUACAACACGGGUGCCAUCUUCCUGCCGUUCCUGGAGUCAAGCUUCCAGCAGGUUUACGAGAUGAGAGAUUUUCCUCAUGAGGAUGUUCGCCGGUCAGCAUUCGGGGCGAUGGGGCAGUUUUGCCGAACUUUGCACAACGUGUGGAAGGAGAACUGCACCGAAGCCAACUACCAAGCGCUGCACAAGCUGAUAGAUGUGCUGUUGCCUUGCUUUUUUGAUACGGUGAGGACAGAGACGGAGCGACAUGUCGUGAUGGGAGUCCUUGAAGCCAUGAAUAAUGUCAUCAAGACCUGCAAGGCUGAGGUGUUCAAAAACCCUGCAUACCUCAAAGAGGUCAGCCAUGUCAUUCGUGACGUGCUGAAGAAGGAGACUGCGUGUCAGGAUGCUGGUGGUGAUGAAGGCGAUGAUGAUGAACAACAGGCGGAGUAUGACUCCAUGCUGCAAGAAUGUGCUGGUGAGGGAAUUCCUCUGGUGGCGUCAGCGGUUCCUGCUGAGAGCUUCGCUCCAUUCCUCAAUGAUCUGCUACCGCUUAUCAUAAGUAGAACUAAAUCCUCAGCAACAGUGGCAGACAAGUCUUUCUAUAUCGGAACUAUUGGGGAAAUCCUGGAGGCACUGGUGGGCGUCACAGGCGGCCGGGGCCUCGCGGGCCGACUAUCCAAUCGUUUGCUCCCAGUGCUGGUCGUCGGGAUGAAAGACGCCGAUUCAGAAGUUCGGAACAACAGUGCCUUCGGGCUCGGGUGCUUGGCUGAAGCAGCGGGUCCCAUCGUGACAUCGGAUUACCCCAUGAUGCUCUCAGUGUUUUCUAACAUGCUGGUGAGAGAGUCCAACCCCCGGGUGAUCGACAACGUGUGUGCUGCUCUCUGCAGGAUGAUGAUCAGCAAUGUGGACGCCGUGCCCCUGGAGCAGGUUGUUCCAGCUGUAGUCACUCGUCUUCCUCUUAAGAAAGACAUGGAGGAGAACAAGACAGUGUUCCGUUGCCUGACGAUGCUCUACACACAUAGCCCUGCAAUGAUCGUGGGCUUGAUGAAGCCGAUUGUUGCCUGUUCCAGUAGUGUCCUGGGAAACAAGAAGGUGGAUGAAGAAGCACAGAAAAUCUUUGCUGGGCUGAUGAUCCAGUUUGCUCAGAACCACCCCUCUGACUUCCAGGCAGCUGCAACAUCACUGCCUGCAGAGCAUCAGGCCGAUCUCCGGGCUGCUGUCGGCACAUCUUAGUGCUAGCAUACUCCACUUUAAGCUAAAAACUCUUUAAUAUUAUCUAUCACAUUAGAACUUGAAACUUUCUAUUAACAGUUUGAAGUGUGAACUCCUUAUUUAUAUAUGCAUUUUUUUUUUAUUUUACUGAAGUACUGCAAGGUUACUUUUGUUUCCCCUCUGGUGCCAGUGCUUACGACCCAGAUUAACGUUGAUCAGAGAGAUUCCUUUAACUUACAGACUGUCUUAUUUGUUGCAUCACUAUAAUGUCCAAGUUUACAACACAUUGUCAAGUACUGCCUCACGCCUUCCAGGCUCCAUUAAUAGGUGGAUAUUGGCUGUUACCAGAAGUGCAUGCACAAACAUGGAGCAGACUCUUCACAUUUUUAAAUCCCCCUAUCCUUGUGCUCCUGAGCGAUAAUGUGCGGCUGGUCUUCGGUGCUGACAGAAACUUUGACAGACUCCAGUCCAGUUUCUGUUAAUGCAAACACAAUAAGCAGAGAGCUAGUCACCAAAAUGGCACUUAUGUUUGAAUAUUUGGCUCUUAAGUCUCAGUUGCUACUCAGUCAGACCGAGGCGAAACAGUCUCUUUGUUUCUUUUUAGACAAAUGCUGACACAAGUCGGUAAAUGCAAUUCUAUUUUUCUAUUCAAACCUGGUGUUGUAGUGCAAAACUCAACUUGUAUAAAUAAAUAAACGAAGCUCCACUACUAUCAAAUCAGUCUUCAGGUUCACUUCUCUUCUGUAAUGGAAAUAAACAUUGUAUUCCUCUCAUUUAUCUGAGGUUAGGGAAUUUGGCACUGUGAUGCUUAGAAUGUACCAAAAGAUGGUUGAAACCCCAUUUGGUCCAUGUACUUUCAAAUGGUUUUAAUUUAAAUAAUACUACAAUGUGACAGCUGCAGUGUAUUUUCUGUCAUUUGUUUGAAGUAUUGCAUUGAUAGGUUACUGUAACAGUACCACAAGGGUCAUUCUGUAGCUGUAAUAAUCAUUAAUGAUGAUAAACACCUCCAACACACUUUAAUGCCUUACUUGACAAUCUCUAUGACAUUUGUAUAACAUUUAACGUGGCUUCAAUAUUGUUACUUUGCCUGCAACAAUAU